UCAGAUCCAUGAGGUAUAGAUUAUGUACUGGUGGCUUUAGUGACACUGAUAGUGAUACAUGUAUUUAGUGGCUAUGACCAGACCCUUAUGUCAACAAAGAUACACAGAUAAUUGACAUCAAGCAAGAUGCCUGCUAAGGUUAAGGUCCGUAUCCUCGGUGGCCGAGGUCUCCCCAUCAUGGAUAGGGCUAGUGACCUGACUGAUGCUUUUGUUGAGGUAAGGUUUGGAAAUGUUACCCAAAAGACUGACGUUUUCAGAAAAUCGUUGAACCCUCUUUGGAAUUCUGAGUGGUUCAGAUUUGAGGUGGAUGAUGAAGAUUUACAAGAUGAACCACUGCAACUGCGAGUGCUGGACUAUGAUACAUACAGUGCCCAUGAUGCCAUAGGGAAGGUUUACAUUAACUUAAAUCCCCUGUUGUCCAAAGAUAGUGCAUCCUCAAUAUGUGGAUGGUUUCCAAUCUAUGACACCAUGCAUGGAAUCCGAGGCGAAAUAAAUGUGAUAGUGAAAUUGGAGCUGUUCACAGAUGUCAACAGAUACAGACAGUCCUCCUGUGGAGUUCAGUUUUUUGGAAGUACCUGUGUUCCUUAUGGCUACAGGGCUCAGGCUAUCUAUGGGUUUGUGGAAGAGCUAGUGGUCAAUGAUGACCCCGAGUAUCAGUGGAUAGAUAAAAUAAGAACUCCAAGAGCAUCAAAUGAGACCAGACAGAGGCUGUUCUCAACUCUGUCAGGAGAGCUCCAGCGCAGGAUAGGUUUAAAAGUUUUGGAAAUGGGUGGGAAUGCCAUCAUCGGCUAUAGACAAUGUUUUGACUUGGAAGGAGAGUCGGGUAUUGUGGUGAGAGGCAUUGGGUCAGCUGUCUCCAUAGUGAAGCAGGUGUUGUUGUCCUCUCCACCCAGUUGUUCACCAGUCAGCAACAAUGGAUCUCAGAAACAACAGCAACAGACGCAGCAGCAGAGAGUGCCUGAUGAGGUGACCUCUGACCCUGUUGGAGGUGCAGCUAGUGCAACAGAUAAAGGGUCAGAUAGUUGUGAGGUGAAAGAGGAAACAGGGGUGACCGAGGAGGGCAGUGGUGGGUCAACUGGUCACUUGCUGGCAUGGCCUUGUUUAAAAGUAUACUAUUUGGAGCCAGUCCUAGCAUCCUCUUUUUCGCCGCCACAAUCGCAAUCCCUGCACACCAAUCGAUCUUUUCCAUUCUUUCGCAGGUCUAAUAGUACCCCCAGUACCUCAAUAAAGCCAGCGAGCAAGAUUAAUUACAGUGACCCAACCACACCCACCCGCUUAGCCAGCCCCUUCUUUGCUUUCAGCUUUGUUGUGCCUGAAGAGAGUGCUGUUGUGACAACCACUGCAAAUGUUGCCAAUGUGUGUGCCACUGCACCGCCCCUCAUGGCUGGCUCAGCAAACCCCUUUAAACUGUCCACCUCCCCCACUGCAAGACCCCCGGGACAAGGCAUGCCUGUGUUAAGUCGAAGAUUGUCAGACUCUGAGCUCGGGUCUCCUAAAGGAAGUUUGACAGGUAGCAGUGGCAGUGGAGCAGAUAGUCUUAGUGCCAGGAUACCAUCUCUCAGGCCAUUACUGCCACCACAGAGCAUAGAAAUUUUGGAAUACCCCUUCUUCACCAUAACUUCAUUCCCUGCAGGUUUUAUAGUUCACCUGGGUGGUGUUGUAUCAGCCAGAUCUGUAAAACUUUUGGACAGAAUACACAAUCCAGAGGAGCCAGAGACAAGAGAUGCCUGGUGGAUAGAGAUCAGAACUGAGAUGAGGUCACAUGCCAGAGCCAUGGGAUGCCAUGCUGUGGUGGGAUAUGUUGAACACACAAGUAUAUGUGAUGAAAUCAUAGUCCUAUCAGCCACUGGCACUGCAGCAAUAGUCAACAUGAGUAUGGAAAAAGAACAACUACGAACCCAGCAACAGCAGCAACAGUUACUUACCAUGUCACUAGACAGGACUCUUUUUGACAGAGAGAAGGAAAAGGAAAAAGAUAAGAAACUCCAUAUUGAUGUCAACCUGGCCAACCAGCAAAGAGACCCACAUGGAUCAGAAAGUGAUGAUGCAUAUGACUGUAGCCUGUGCCAUGUGCCAUACAAUGAGACAUCAGCUCCUUUCCCCGUCAGCCUGAGCCGCUGCACUAUAUGCAAGCGUGGCAAGGUACCUGAUGUGCUGUUCACCACAGUGGAGCCCCCAGUAGAACUGGUGACAGUAGGAAAAGGUUGUCUGGUACAGGCAAGGAUCUGUCGACCAAAAAAAGAAGCAAAAGCAGGAGAAUCCAACGCUAAAGAAGUCAGUGACAAUUUACCAUUCAUGGAAUAUGAACUUCACAGUCAGCUUAUGAACAAAUUGAAAGUAAAGGGCAUGAAUGCACUGUUUGGUUUGAAGAUUCAGGUGGAAGUUGGAGAGACUAUGCUGAUAGCUGUUGCAACUGCUACAGCUGCUUAUAUUGCAGCCCUACCCUCACCCCCUGUACCAAGAGUAAGUGGCAAGGACUCUUACUCAGAAUCUGGCUCCAAGGGUCCUCCCAGUGAUAGUGAAGAAGAGCUGUCUGAAUUAGACAUGUCAGCUGGCAAUAAGGACACUUAUAUCAUAGAGUUGGAUGAUGCCGAGGAUAAGGCUGUGGUUUCUGUGUUAUUUGACAGUGAGGUCCCUGAUGGAUUUUAUGCAUGCAACACUGAGUUCAUGCCUGGACUGUGUAACCUGGUCACAACACUGCAGAUGUUCACAAGAGUAUGGAGGGGAGAGGUCAAGGCUAAAACAAACCAAGAAUUCUCCAACAUUCUUGAAGGAUUGAUCAGAGGCAUAUUUUUUAAACUACGCAAAUUGUCCCCUUGUGUUGUAUGUGAUUUGUCAUUUGACUUGGACUUACCAGAUGAAUCUUAUGUUCAGGUUGCUAUCACAGCUAUUUGUGCAGUUUUUAUUGAACAAGCAGAUAGUGUCUCCCUAGAUUCAUCAUUAAGUCAAGACAAGCCAAUUUCCAAGUCAGAAGCAGACGACAUGAUGUUUCACAUGGAGGAAGAUGGUGUUGAGAAUGUUCAGCAGAGAACAAGGAAAUUAUCUGGUCAUGGAGACAGAAGAAGUUGGAUCCAGCAGAAACCAAUUCUAAAGUAUGGAGUGGAGCUGACACCUCUUAGCUAUAUACCAGGUGGAAGAAUAGAUACAUAUCUGGGACAUCUAAAUUUUUUCUAUAUCAGAGAAAGCACUUCACUACGAGAAAAUGGUGGCCUGAGUGGCUUCAUGCACAGCUUUAUAGCCGAGGUGAUGGCUAUAGUAAGAGCUCAUGUGGUUGCCUUAGGUGGGAAUGCAAUGGUGGCAUACAGAAUGAGUGAAUGUGUUCUGUUGGACAACCCUAACCGCAACCAGGGCCAGUGUCUCAUAAAUGUCAGUGGGGAUGCAGUUCAGGUGAUAUAUGAUGCAGAUAUGAACCCAGCAAUACAGCUAGCAGCCAUGGCAACAGCCAAAGCAGACUCGCCGUCUGACUCAGUCAAGUUGUCCACUGAAGGAAGACAGGCAGGACUACUGACAGUGGACAUAGCCAAGGCUAACAGAAGGGGAGGGAGAAGUCCUGCGGUCAGUCCAAAUCCAGCAGGAAGACAGGUCCAGUUGGCUUCACUUGUUACAGAUGUGUAACAGUGGGAUUAUGUCAUCAAUUUCGUGUUAUCCAGUCAAGUUUUACUUGGCUUAGCAGCAUUGUUUGAUUAUGGCAACAUCUCACUUUACAUAUCAUUUGGCAGCAUGCCACACAGAUGCAUAAGUUACAAGGUGCUCUGUUCAAAAUCUGAAGUUUUUAAAAUUUUUCAACGUUCUUUAUGUCAUUCAGAAAUCCAAAGAAAAGGAUAAAGAUUUAAAAAUGACUUUUAUGACAAUUUUUAAAAAUUAAUUUUAAAAACAUCUUUUGGGCAUGUGAAUUAAUCUGGUGUUUCUUUAAAAAAAAGGAUAAUUAUUUAUGAUUUUGAAAAAUGUUCCAACAAAUAGAAAUCCGUCUCAUUGUAUUGUAGCUAAUUGAGAAUUGUAGCCUUUUUGAAAUUGUGCUGUACAUUGUACAAUGUUUUUGUAAAUAGCAGCAUAACAUUUUUACUGUACUUUGUUGUAAAAAUAUUGUGCAAUAAAGAAUUAAACAAUUUAUUGAAGGCUCUUCAUGUCAUAUAUUUAAAUGCUGAUUAGUGCAGUUUCAACAUUGAUGGGUUCACAAACACGUGAAAAUACUUGUCUUAAAUGAAUUGCAACAAUCUUCACAUGAUUUGUUGUGCACUAGUUUGACCUCCAGACAGACAACAAUUUC